CUUCACUUGAGGUGAGUCUGAGAGCUUCCUCUAUGCAGGCUCGCAUUGUACGCAUUCAAGCGGCGCGCGAUAUAGUGCGUUGAUCAAUACAUAUGCCAGCAAUAUCAACUUCAAAUCAACGAUUGCAUUGACCAGCUGCAACUACCAGUCAUGGCUGUCAAACUGUACACGUCGGUGCUGCUCCUUAUGUUCCUCUCUGAAACAAUGUCAAUGGUUGCAGCAGAGACGUGUGGGGAUGAGAAGGAGACGUGUAACCAUGGGUGCUGUAUGUUUAACACCCGGUGUUGUACACAGCUGGAAUGGAAGUUAUGGGUACAUGGCAUUGUCCCGCUUGUCAUACUGGGUGUGGUCCUACUCGUUGUGGUUGCAUGCACUCUCAUAGCUUUCCUAACGCCAGCUCCCCAUGGACGUGUCACUGGGUUUUCCAGAUUCGUCACCAAGGGUCCUCCACCACCGACAUCAGUGGGGACCAUAGAUUACUGGUAGGGACAAUCGCCAUGACAACUGGUAGCCUACGCAUCAUAUAUAUUCAUCACUGAGGACACUUCAUGGUUUCUUUCAAGCAUCUCAGACAGAUCAGUGAUAGAUGAAGGCUUUCAUUGUGUCAUAAACCUGAGUAUCAUUUACCAAUAUUAGGAAUAACUCAUUUAUAAAUACACCUGCUUCCUGCAAAUCAUAUUAAUUAAGCUUACAAACAUGUAAUGUGCUCGGAUAUAUGUAACUGACUACAAUGUAUAUGGUGGCAUGUAGUUUGUAGUUCGAUUCCGCUUUUCAUCAACAUUCAAGUUUUAUGGCAGCAGCUUGGUGGAUUUUGGACGAGAAAACUCAGUGAUUAUUACCAUGUGCAACGACCAAGGGGACAGGAUCAUAGGGUGACACCUUUUCAUCCGAUCUAAACAUAUAAUCAUUUAGUCGCCUUUUACAACGAACACAGGUUCCUUGGGUCAAUACUAACAGAAUCCUCACAUAGUAGUGUUUGUAGGGGUGACAAGCAGUAGUGGCCAUGUUGAACGUCGUCUCCAGCACAGGGGUUGGAAAACGUUGUAACGCUGGGAGGGUCUCCCUGGCAAUGUCGACACUGUUAACACCAUUGUUUCAUAAUUUUUUUAUUUUGAAAAAUGUUUAAAAUUUAUAUCAUUCACACCUUAAAUUGAAUCAUUGGCUUAUAGUACAUAUGUUAUGUUGAGAAACAAUACAAACUGGGGCGUUUAUACCUUUUUAGAGGAAUUGUGUAAUAUAUUUCUAACAUUGUUAUAUAAAUGUGUUAUACAUGGUAA